CAGCAGGCCCCGGCGCGCGUUUCCCGGCGCGCCCCGCGGCGGAUUGUACACAAUCAUCAUGGCCGCCGCCUCCGCCGCCGCCGGUGGUGCCGAGGAGCCGGGCAUGAAGGCGGAGGAGCUGCCGCGGGGCUGCGGCGGGGAGGACGGCCCGGAGGACGGCCCGGCGGCGGCGCGGGGGUCCCCGGAGGGCGAGGGGGGCCGGGAUCCCACGCAGGCGUCCGUCAGCAACGGCGGCGAGGCGGAGGGCGGGAGGGAGCUGGUGGAGCUGAAGGUGAUCUGGAACAAGAACAAGUACGACGUGAAGUUCUGCCUGGACAGCACGGGGGCCGAGCUGAAGCAGAAGAUCCACGCGCUGACAGGCCUCCCACCAGCUAUGCAGAAAGUUAUGUUCAAGGGACUCCUGCCAGAGGAGAAAACGUUGCGGGAAAUCAAAGUAACAAACGGAGCAAAAAUCAUGGUUGUUGGAUCUACUAUCAACGAUGUUUUAGCAGUAAAUACACCUAAAGAAGCUGCUCAACAGGAGGUCAAAGCUGAAGAAAAUAAAAAGGAGCCGCUUUGCAGACAAAAGCAACACAGAAAAGUAUUGGAUAAAGGAAAACCUGACGACGUGAUGCCUUCUGUUAAAGGUGUUCAGGAGCGCCUGCCAACAGUGCCAUUGUCUGGCAUGUACAACAAGUCAGGGGGGAAAGUAAGACUGACCUUUAAACUUGAGCAAGACCAGCUGUGGAUUGGUACAAAAGUGAUGCACAACUGCAGAAACCAUGGCAUGUGCUGCUGUGCAGAGGAUCAGGUUACUGUCCUGAACUGUCCAGGAGGAACUGGAAUUGCUGCUGAGAACAUCUCAAUAACCCCCUGCCUCCAAAGGAUGCUGAGCUCCUUGAGUUUGACCAAGAUGGGGCAAUAUUCUAGUGAUGAGCAAGAGAAACAGAAGUGCUUGUUCACUGUCCCAGUAAAGUAACCUAAUUGGAUGGUGAUGUUGGCUUUGGAUGACACCUCCAGCUGCUGUGUUAUUUCCAAAGUAAGCAGAAAUCUUGGAAGUUUUUGAUCUUUCCUUUGUAGGACAGACUUGACUGUGAAGGUAUUUUUGGCUUUCAGACUUCUCUGGGUACUAGUUGCAGUGAUUUUUCUCCCAGGCUAAGUGAUGGAGUGAGACACUGUUCUUUUUUCUCUGUAGGUUGGGGCAGCCAGAUCUUUUUGUUAUUGACAAUGUGUUCUAAACACAUUAUUACUAUUUAGGUAAUUUGUCUUCUUCCUUCACCUUCUAGAUGAGUUUCAGGUUUAGUACUUCUAAAGUGUUCUAGCUGUGAAAUUUGAUUUUUCUUGUAGUCAUCUGUUUUCCACCUGUUCCCCUACUUCUCCACAUUAGCAGCAGCUUGCUUCCUCUAGGGAAUGGCUGUAGUUGCUGGCUGUUGUUGGGAGAAACUCCUGCCUGCUCCAAGGAAUCCAUGGCAGAUGCCAGCAUGUAAGAGCUAGAAUGAAACCAACUGUGUGUUAACGGGGUUUUUCCCUUGCUAGUCCUGGACAGUUGAAACUGGUGCUUCCUCCCCCAGCCUCCCAGUGCUGCACGAUCACUGGACAUGUCUGUGCUCUGAGGUCUGGUGUGGGUUGGUGUGUCUCUGUGCCAUUUUCACAGAGGCAUUGAUAAUAAGAGUUUGUCUAUUGCUGGAUGUAGGGAAGAGGAAGUGACUUGCAGGAUGCUGGACAAGAGAGCAAAGUAAGAUCUUACUGAAUGAAUGUCAGGAGUCUGACUGGGGUAGUUCAGAGUCACGUUAGUUACAGCCCUGAAGUACAGAUUAUUUGUCUUUACAUCACCAAGUUUAUCUCCUUCUGUGCCUUUUCUAGGUAGGUGGUGUUGUUUUUUUCAAAGAUCACAGAAGUUAGGUAUAUCUAAGGAGCUCAUAGUUGAGUGUCUCCUUUGUAGAGUGUUUGUGGCUUCCUUUGUCUUAAAUCCCAGGAGGUAAUUUUAAGCAGACACAGAAAACUGGAACUGAAAGGAAGGAUCUUGGAGUUAAGUCUUCAGAAAGAAGUGAGGACAGAACUGAGAGAGCAAAGUCUGCCAUGAGCCACAUGGUCAUUCAUGUUGGUUGCCCCAACCUGGCUGACAUUGCUCUGUCAUGUCAUUGUAGCCAUCUUUUGGGUUUGUUUUUUCAGUUUUUGUUUCUCUCCCUGUUUGCUCAUUAGUAUUUUCUUCCCUGUGCUUUUAUAGUAACAGUUGAACCCUGCCUCAGGGGGAAGCCAGGAAUAGGCUGUCACAGAGGGAGUUAGCCUGUCUUUUUUCAGCCUUGUCAUUUUGUAGAGCUUAGUACAAUCCUUGCUAGUCAGUCCUGAAUGUUCUUAUGCCUGGACCAGCUUUCCCUGUGGUGAGUAAUCCUGCUGGUCUGGGUGGAGUUUCUUGUGGGGAAGCAUUAGGUACAGCCAGGGUUUUCCCCUCACUCCCUUUAGGCCUGGAUCAGGAACACUGUGAUUCAGAGACAUAAAGUGCAAGGAACUGUGGGAUCCACUUCUGGAUUCCUUUAAAUGCUGAGUAUGUCAGCUGUGGGGUGUGUGCUGGUGUGCCUGCUGGGUCCUCAGCAGCAGGUAUGCAAAGUUCACCCAAGGAGAAGCCUACUGGCCUGAGGAGCUUUUGGAAGUGCUGGAGGUAGUGUUGGAAAUUAAUAUGAAACGCUGCUUCCUCAUGGAUCAGAAAUAAUGCUUUGAUCAAUU